AUGAACUUGGAGCCCCCCAAGGCCGAGUUCCGGCCAGCCACCAGAGUGACUGGGGGACCUGUGACCCCCAGGAAAGGGCCCCCCAAAUUCAAGCAGCGGCAAACCAGGCAGUUCAAGAGCAAACCCCCCAAGAAAGGCAUCCAAGGGUUUGGGGAUGACAUUCCUGGCAUGGAAGGCCUGGGAACAGACAUCACCGUCAUCUGCCCGUGGGAGGCCUUCAAUCACCUGGAACUGCACGAGCUGGCGCAGUAUGGCAUCAUCUAGUCACCCCCAGACAGCGCACCCAUCUGCCUGAGGGCGGCCUGCAACCAC